AACAACAAUCACAACAAGUACACAAAUAACUCAAACUGCUUCACAUACUCAUUUGCAAACACAAUGGUCCCUUCAGCCCCUGCUAAAAUACUCAUAGGCAUCUCCACAGACCCAAAUGAUAGCCAAGAGUUGCUCUCAUGGGCAAUCAAAGUUCUAUCUCAUCCAAAUGAUACCAUUGUUGCCAUACAUGUUCUUGUUGGGGAGGAGAGGAAGAAGCGCGAUUUAGUGGCGAAAAAGCAAUCACAGCUUCGUCGAGCAAAAGCCUAUGUGAUAUCUGUGCUUGGAGAAUUUGCCAGGGCUUGCCAAUCUAAGCAGGUGAAUUUGGAAGCCAAAGUAGUUUUUAGCUCCAGCAUUGGAAAAGGUCUAAUUGUGGAAACAAAAUCAACUUCAGCAGACUAUCUUCUUCUUUGUGGCGCAAGAAACCAUUCAAUUAGAACUCCAUCCAUUACAAAAUAUUGCUUCAAGCAUGCCCCAGAUAGCUGCUCUCUGGUUUUAUUUGGGAAGUCUAAGCAACCUCAAGAAAAUUCAGAUUCACAUUCUACAGACUCAAAAGAAAACCUUCAACCAAGUCCAAUUCAUAGUGGCAGAACUACAUCCUCUUCUAAAAAGCAAACUGUCCAAGAAACAAGGAAUACAAAUCCUUCACCAAGAACUGUUCUAGGUGAAUUUGAAGCAGAAUCUCAGAGCACAGACGAUUAUAGCGGUAGCUAUGGGGACUCUGCCCUCACAGAGUCUCCUUCUCUGGCUCCUCCCAUGUUCAAGAGCCAAAUAAAAAUAAGGAAGCGAGGAUUGUCACCUUGCAGAAUUAUUACUUCUUUUUUAGGUUCACCAUUCAGAAAAAGAACUGGCAGUUUAUCCAACAACGAAAAGAGGUUACCUUUGUUGAAGUGCUUCAGCUACGGGGAGAUCAUGGCUGCUACAAAUAGCUUCCACCCAGAUAAUAUAGUAGGUCGAGGUGGAUAUUCAGAAGUGUAUAAGGGUGACCUUUCUGAUGGACGAACCAUUGCGGUUAAGAUGUUGGCCAAGGACAGCAAGGAUGCUAACAAGGAAAAAGAGUUCCUCAUGGAAUUGGGUGUAAUUUUACACGUCUGUCAUCCUAAUACAGCUAACUUAGUCGGUUGCUGCAUUGAAAAUGGACUCUACCUGAUUUUCGAUUUCUCUCAAAAUGGAAAUUUGUCAUCUGCUCUGCAUGGGAGAUCUUGCGAGUCACUUUCGUGGCCUAUCAGAUACAAGAUUGCCAUUGGAGUUGCAAGGGGUCUGAAUUAUCUACAUAAAUGUUGCAAGCACCGAAUAAUACAUCGAGACAUAAAAGCCUCAAAUGUCCUUCUAGGACCAGAUUAUGAACCACAGAUUACAGACUUUGGACUAGCAAAGUGGCUUCCUAACAAAUGGACUCACCAUGCUGUGAUUCCGAUUGAGGGUACAUUUGGAUACUUAGCACCAGAGUACUUCAUGCAUGGAAUUGUGGAUGAAAAAAUAGAUGUUUUUGCAUUUGGGGUUCUUCUUCUUGAAAUUGUAACCGGAAGAAAGCCUGUGGAUUCAUCAAAGCAAAACCUUCUCCUCUGGGCAAAGCCUCUUAUGGAAUCAGGGGAAAUAGAAAAACUAGCUGAUCCAAAAAUGGAAGGAAAAUAUGAUGCAGAACAACUGCACAGAGUAGUGCUUACAGCUUCGUGUUGCGUGAGACAAUCCUCGGUAUGGCGUCCGCCAAUGAGUGAGGUGUUGGAGCUUCUAACCCAUGGCCAUAACUCAGAGGUUGCAAAAAGCUGGAUCCCUAAGUUUUCAUCAGAUGAGUUGGAUGAUUACUCCAUGGUUUUUGGAUAUGAUGUUCCAGUAGAUAUUGAUUUGGAGGCCUACUUAUGAGUAUUAGACCCUUGUUUUUAUUUAUUUAUUUUCUGCAUUAUGAUUUUAGGUUUAAUUACUUGUGAAAAAAGAGAGGUCCAGUUGACUGUGUAAAACAUAAAAUUAAAAAAAAAUUAAAAAAAA